AUGGUCAAUGCGAGAAUAGCUGUAAUGACUUACUACAAAGGAGCUGUUCAAGCUUCUUCGAGUAAAUCAGAAGAUUUGGCAGACCAAGAGCAAUUUUUCGACGAUAAAAUUAAAGAAUUAGCUCCUAUCUCUACCGAAAUGAUUGACUCUCUCAAAGUCAUUGUUUGUAUAAAUACAGAACUCGGUGCUGGCGAUAUUGUUACAAUGCAUAUUCUCUACGGAAACUUUUAUUACAGUCUUCGCUCAAUUUUAGUCAAAACAACAUAUUUCAUUAUCAGUAUCGCAUAUAUUUACAUGUUCUUGACAAUUCAUACAUCAAAAUACCGCGUAAUUGCAGGAUUAGUUUUAUCUAUCUAUUCUCUCUUCGCCACUGAGCCAAUUACUCCAUUUUUACCAUCAUACGUUUCAUAUAUAUUCUCGAUCAUUACAAGAGACUGCUUAGUUUCUGUUGCAGUUUUUUAUGGCGUUAUUAUCAAGAAAGGAGCUACAUAUGUUGAUUAUAUCAUAGCCGCAUUAUUUGCUUCUACGGUUUUCUACACAACUACGUCUUAUUCUUGCGAAUUAGUCUCCGGAGAAUUUAAUGAAGGAUUCCUCUUCCAAGUAAUUCCAAGAUUCAACAAAACCUGCUUCUACAUAUUAUACUGCAUUGGAUUCUUCUACGGAUUGCUCAUGAGGAUCAUUAAAGAACGCGAAUUACAAAAUAUCGUUUUACAGUUCAUUGCUUUUGCUUCUUGUUUGUUCAACUUUUGGUCGACCAUGAAUGCCGAUAACAAUAUAUUUUACAGCCUCUCAAUUACGUUAGUUCACAUUUUUGUUUAUUAUUUCCCAGCUUUGACUCACCACAGGUCAGGACGAAGCAAGCAUAUCGCUAACCAGACUUCUUUGGAUGAUUUGGCCCCUGUAAGGCAAGAAGUCAUUGAUUCUGAAGGUUACAGUGUUUCAUCUGACGAAAGUUACAUGGCAACUGAAGAAGAUGACGAUGACGAUGACGACGAAGAGGAGGAUGAGUCUUCUUACUACGAAGAGAGUAGUGAAAAGCCUCCAAAGAAGGGUUUGAAGAGAUUUGUCGCAUCUCGAAGGAAAGUAUCAAGCGACGAGGACGAGGAAGAAGAGGAUGAUGAUUAA